UGUUAUUGUAUUCAUCCGCGGCAAUCUACUGUCUCAAAAACAGCGCUGCUAGUUGAACUGUCCAGCUUUGGCAUUAAAGAUCACCGUUUAUAAGCGACAUUUAAUCACAUUGCAGUCUCUGCCACUGAGCUGCGAUGAAGUUCCAGUAUAAAGAGGAGCAUCCGUUUGAGAAGAGGCGGUCAGAGGGAGAGAAAAUCAGGAAGAAAUAUCCGGACAGGGUUCCUGUAAUUGUUGAAAAAGCUCCCAAAGCCAGAAUAGGAGACCUGGAUAAGAAGAAAUAUCUGGUCCCCUCGGAUCUCACAGUUGGCCAGUUCUAUUUUCUCAUCCGAAAACGAAUCCACCUAAGGGCUGAAGAUGCUCUAUUCUUCUUCGUAAACAAUGUCAUUCCUCCUACCUCCGCAACUAUGGGCCUGUUAUACCAGGAGCAUCAUGAAGAGGAUUUUUUUCUCUACAUUGCCUACAGUGAUGAAAGUGUGUAUGGAGAAUAGAACCAAAGGGAAAAAUAACUUCCCACCUCCUUUUCCUUCCUUUUACAAGAGUAUAUAAACCCAUAUCGGCAGCCUAGAGUUCAGAGCUUCUGACAUCAAAUGCACUUUUACUUUUUUCUUUAUUUCCAUUAAUGUUUUUCCGUCAUUCUGGAGUUUGCUGGAGUUUUGGUAUUUGGUAGAUGAAGGUCAUUUUUCAUUAUACGUUCAUUUUUUCAACAUUUGUUUUAUAACUGGCCCCAAGCUGAUGCAGAUUUUUUUCACCACUUGACAGCAGUAGACUAUCGGAUGGAGCUUAAAUGAUAAAAUCAGUUUGCGUAGAUUUUGAAAUUGACCUUUGUUUCACUACAACUAGUGAAUUGUUCUCCCAGAGCUUAGACUAUAUAUUUUGGGUGCUGCUGAUGGGCCAUUUGUAAAAACCACACUAAAAGCGAACUGUCUUUCUCCAGUUAUGUUUCAAAAUAUUCUUUCAAUAUGAAUAUUUAAUGAGAGUUAUUGUACCUGCAUAAUGCUAGGUAAUUUGAUUUGAGAUUAUAUAUCUUAGCUGAUUUAUUUAGCAGUUUUAUUCUUUUUUUUUUGUUUUUUUUUUGUUUGUUGAACUCGGUAUUCAGCUGCAUUUCUGAUACCCUUAACUUGAGGUGACAAUAUAAACUAAACCUAGAUGAA